AUGCCUCCGCAGCAUCAUCAACUCCUCUCGAUACAAGACUUUCCGGCGCUAGCGCUCGCUGGAGCCCUCAUCAUUUUGGUUAUCGCCCGCGAGGUCAUCAAUAAGCGCAGACGGGACUAUCUUCUUCCACCGGGGCCGCCCGCAAAGUGGUUCUGGCAGAACCCCUUCCCUACAUCUCAAAUACCCAAGGUCCUAGCGGAGCUGACGAACCAGUACGGUCCCGUAUUCUCAUUGCGUCAGGGGAACAAGGUCACGGUUGUGAUUGGGCGAGUUCAGCCUACGAUAGACAUAUUGGAGAAGGAAGGAGGCUCUACCCUCAGUCGUCCCGAGCGCGUUGCAGCUCGCGACCUCGUCUCACGGCGCAUGCGCCUGAUCCUGGAGCCGGCUGGGGAGAGGUUCAGAAUCAUGCGAAGAGCUAUGCAUGCACCGCUAAUUCCCAAGGCUGCGGCUUCGUACGCGCCGAUUCAAACGGAGGCGGCCAAGAUCUACAUUAAGAACCUCUUAGAGCAGCCGGACGAUCAUCAGCAUUGGGCAUCACUAUUCUCAGCGUCGGUCGUUCUGAAGGUGACAUACGGGAAGACGGCACCAGCAUCCUUCGACGAUCCGGAUGUCAAGCGUAUUCUGCGGAGCGUCAUCAACUUUGCAAAUUCGAUGAAGCCCGGUGCAUGGGCGGUUGACCGGAUGCCGGUGCUGCGACACAUCCCAUGGUUUACGACCAAGCUCGACUCGUGGCAUCAAGAGGAGUUUGGGCUGUUUAAGGAGCAAAUGAACGGGACGAAGGAUGCCAUGAAACGAGGAGACGAUGGACCUUCGUUUGUUCGAAACUUGCUAGAGAAACGACAAGAGGGAAUCACAGAGGACGUAAUUGCGUAUCUUGCAGGUUCUAUGUACGGAGCUGGAACUGAUACAACAUCCAUAGCGAUGUCGAACACAAUAAUGGCAGCUGCUCUCUACCCAGAGGCACAGGAACGGAUGAUAGAGGAGAUAGACUUAGUGCUAGGCGAUAGGGCUCCUUCGUUCGUCGACAUGGGAACGCUGCCGCAGCUAGAUGCCUUUACGCAGGAGGCUACAAGAUGGCGACCUGUGAUUCCGCUGGGAUUCCCUCAUCGCGCAACGACAGACAUCAUCUGGAAAGGGUACCGUAUCCCGGCAGACGCGACGAUCGUAGGAAACCAUUGGGCAAUCUCUCGUGACCCCGAAGUCUACCCAGACCCCGAGAGGUUCAAUCCUCAGCGUUGGUUAGACGAGAAAGGUAGUCUCAAGCCCAGUAAUGAAUUCCGAUACUGGAGCUUCGGGUUUGGCAGACGUGUAUGUCCGGGCCAACACCUCGCCGGCCGCUCGCUCUUCAUCACUUUGGCGAUGGUGUUCUGGUGCUUCCGUGUCUCUGAAGACAAGUCACAGCCAAUUGACUCGGAUGGGUUUGACGACAAGAUGAUCGCGCAUGCGUUCAAGUUCAAGGUGAAGUUUGAGCCUCGGAGGAGUCUGGAGGAGAUUAGGGCUGCGAUUAAGGUAUAAUUACAUGAACCAAGGGCGACUACCUUUUGUACGAGCGCCGUAUAUUCUAAAAGAAUGUGGCCAAGAGCUUUUUAAAACGCUCUUCGGGGAUAAGAAUCGUAGGUCGAAUACAGCUGUAAAUAAGCCGCUAUGUAGAAGCUACCAGUAGAAAAGCUGCAUGCAUCAAUCAAAAACCUGCG